AUGACGGUUUCAGAGCUUAACCAAUUUAUUUUCACGGCCGAUCCUCAGGUUUUUUUGUUUACAUGGUUGUGUUACAUUGGCUGCUCCACUUGCUCCAAGAAACUCAUACGAGAGGAGACUUCAUUCACAUGCGUCCCAUGCAAUGAAACCAAUGCUGUGGCUAAACUCAAGUAUCGUGUGAUUCUCUCCGUGUCAGAUGACACUGGUGCAGCAGCUUUCCUUGGUUUUGAUGAAGAGGUUGCUAGCCUGACUCAUGUUCUUGCUUCUGAUGCUGCACAGAUCGUGGGGAUAGGUACUAAUGCCCAAGUUGACAUUGACCUACCUCGCUCACUCGCUAAUCUGGUGGGGAGUACCUACACUUUCCAGCUCAGGUUAAAGGACUUCAAUUUUGGUCCAAAUCACCGAAGCUUUACCAUAUCUCGCAUAUUCCCCGCACGUGAUCUUGCGCCAAAGCCAACUUUUUUCUCAGGAGGGUGGCGAGGAUACCGAUCAAUCUCUCCCCCAAUCUGUGGCAACAUGAUUAAAUGUCAGAGCUGGUAUCGUAAACAAUGUUGCAGAUCAGCUCACCAAAGCUGAUGGUGACGUCUAGCACAUGAAGCAGUAGCAUCGGGUGAAGACGCUGGGGAAGCAACUGCACGUAAGAAAGCACGUGUGGAAUGAGUGCUAGCUUGGAACCCAAACAACCACGAUUAGACUAUGUCAUUCUCUGUUUUUUCAUAUCUGGAUUUGCUUUUUGUCCUUUAGUUUCUGUUUUUUUUUUUUAAGUCUUUGCUAUGUCGUUUUCCAAAUAUUUCUUAAUGAAAAACUAUGGGUCGUGGUUGUCCUAAUUGGCUAAUUCCUAUUUCUCAUGUGCCUAGCAUUAAUUAUAUUUUUCCUUAAUUUUAUCAUGGUUAUUAUUAUAGAUUCAGUUAUGUAAAGUUUGAACAAGCUAACUUCACCAGUGUAUGAACCAUCAUCCUUCAUUUUUUACGGAGUUCUAAUGUAAAAGCAUAUAUUAACCAAGUUAAAACAUUUGUUUACGUUAUGUUACAUGGUAAAUAAAAAACUAUUAAAAAGUCACCUCAAAUUGGGUGUUAAAUUUGGACUCUCUUUCCUCUUAGCACAUUGGGAAAAAUAACUACAAGUGAUUGGAAGAUCCAACUAAACUUAAAAUGAUGACAUCUAAUCACCUUGGCCAGCUACUUUACACGGCAUCAUUUAGGACCCAAUGACAUGUACUUAAUGGGGAUAAAUUUCCUAUUUAAGUUUAUAAAAAUUGGGUUUGUGCUAGGGGUUAUUCAUGUAUUUAAAAUUAAACAAAAUUUAGACUAAGUUUGCAUUGUAGAGUUAUAUAUUACAAAAUCAAAACAUUAAUAUAUAAUAAAUCCAUUACAAAAGUGACUUCAGAGUGGGUAUUUAAAUUUUCCUCCCUUUCCUCUUAUGUCAGUGGAAACAAUUAUUAAGAGUGAUCGAAAGAUCUAAGUGAAACAAAGAGGAUUGCAUGUAAAAACAUUGACCAUCGAAUUUCCACUGCUUCUUCCAAGACCUAAUGACAAGUACUUUAUGUGAAGAACAUUUGACAACAUUUAAGCUUUCACAUACUUAAUAUGUUAGUUCUCUCUUAUUACUAUAUGAUUAAUAUAAAUAUUUAUAUUAUGUUAAAUUAAAUUGGAACAGUAACAAUUGUUUUCUGAUUUUUUAGCCUAGACUGCUAGGACCUUUCGCAGAGAGUUAUUUUUUAUUGGUUGUUCUAUUCCGGUCUGGUUACCCAGACCACCUCAAGUUUGAGUAAUAGAAUGGCCGUUCGACGUCAAAAAAAAAAAAAAAAAAAUUGUAUGCUGCCUAUACGUCUCCCAUUGAUCAAAAAAAACUACACGCACAUCUUCAAUACAAUAGCAUGAAACAGCCGUUACAAACAAACCUCAUAAUUUUCUCUGGAUCUUCGUUGCAGACUCUGCAUCUGUGAUUUCUGAAAUAUAAUAAAAAAAACUUUGAGUACAUCUGCAUUGCAAGAAGUCAUGGUUAAGUCCCCAGUACCAGAAACAGAUAAAGGACCUUUAAGGAGAUCAAGGAGAACAGAAAGUGUUCCUCUACUAUCCACACCAUCAUCAUCAACUGCAACUAAAAGAAGCCGGAAAAAAAGGUAAGUCGUAGCGAGACACUAAUUUACACAUACUUAUAUAUUUUGACGACUUCUUCAAGUUAUUUACUCUCUGUUUCAUCAGUAUCUGAUGAACGCCAACCUUGGUUGAAAGAGCAAUUUCUACCACUCACACCUCCAACUUUGCUCGGAUGCAGAGGAGACGUAGAUCGUAUUAAAGGUAUAGCAUCCCUCAUUCGGAGACUUAUUUAUCAAGCCAAAUCUAAUGUGUUGGCUCUGACUUUUUCCAAUCUGAUUACAUUCUCAGAAACUAAUGGGCGGCUCGCCCGACAGAACCGAAGAAGCAUGCGCGCACAAAAGAGAAACAACGCACUACAACAAGAGAUACAGCACAACGCAGACGCUAUCUUAGCUGUUCAAAAUAACACUGUCAAUGUUGUUGACUCAGAACGUGGUAAUGACCAAGCAGGUAGAACAUCCAAAAUUUUAUUAUAAUUCGCAACUCACCUUGCAUUAUUAAUUUGAAUUAUAGAUAACAGAAGGAUAGCUCGGGCUCUGCGGAUGGGGAGACUAAUCAACAAGAGAGUAGCCACUACAAGAAAAUGUUAGCUCUUCGUUAAGACUUUAUAAUUGCUGUCAGUUUACAAAGCGUCUUAAGCUACUACGGUCUUUCUAUAACUAAUACCAUAGCUUUAACAUUUUUAUAAGCAGCAUUAGUGUGUGUGAGUGGAAGCCGACCAGGUAUGAAUCAAACAAUCUAUGCACAUGAAAUUAACAAUAUAUGUUGCCAAUAAAACUUUCUCAACUGAACUGGCAGGGAGGUACCGGCGCCCAGUUGUAAACAAGUGGGAGUUAGCAACAUGCCCGGACUGUCAAGCAAUUGUCUGGAAUGCAGAAGCUGUAGUUCAAGAGACACGGAACUCACCCAGAAGGUUCAGCAUAUGUUGUCAGCAAGGGCGUGUAAAGCUACCACCUAGACGACAACCACCUUCACCUCUGAAAGAACUUCUCCAAAAAUCAAGCUUCAAAAUUAUGAUCCGCGUUGCUAAUGGAAUGUUAGCCUUCACAUCCAUGGGUGGCCAAAUUGACAACUCUGUUACUAACACUCCUGGACCCUUUUCAUUUAGACUUCAUGGGCAAACUCACCACAGAAUAUAUUCUCUUCACAUGCAAUGAAGCAUGAAUGCUUAUCACGAUCGAUUAAAACUAUAAGUUCGUUUUGGUAUUAAAAUAUAAAAAUCGCUUAUAUUAUCGAAUACUGAAGAUAUUUCUAACACAAAUUGCAUGAUUUGGUUUUGCUCCGAGUCUAUAAACAUUAACAUUAACAAAGAAAAACAUUAGCUCUUCUUCAUACAGCUGCAGAUAUAUAUUACACGGUAACAUAAAUUUGACACAAAUAACAUUUACGAACAUAAUUGCUGCACAAUAAAAUAUCAAAAAUAAGGCCAAACAAUUAUUUGACACAUUUACGAAUAACAUUAUUCCUUACAAUUUAGUAAAACGAAAUUGAAUAUAAAGAAAAACGCAUCAAUACAACAACAUAUAUUACUCUAAGAUAUGAAGCAUACCCUCAUUUAGUCAUUUAUCGACCCCAAAAUAUAAACACUUUCAUUACACGUACUU